GACCCACCAAAGUCGUACCACUUACUCCUUCCUUUGCUCAGAAGCGUUUUCUCUACUCCUUUUCGCCAUAUGUUGAUUUCUUGGUUCGUGAUCGCUUCAUUUCGCACCGUCUUCCACUUUGCUUCCUAAUUGAAUUCACCAUUCGCUUCCCUCUCUACAAUCCACUCUCUUAACUACGAAAUAUAUUCGCCGGUCGACAUUUAGAAUUACCGAAGGCGUCAGCUGGUCUGAAGAUACCCACAGUCCGAAAUAUUCACAAAAAAAAAAACUGCAUCGAAGAGAUACCCACGAACACGUCCGAGUGUCGACGCAUUGAGUAACACAGACUCGUCCGCGCUCCUGCACUCUCACUUCAUAUCGCCUUUUUGAGCCAAAAAAGACGUUACUCGUCUUUUCGCCUCCUCGCGUCUUUGCCAAGUCAAAUCAGGCCGCAUCGCCCAUCGAUCUCUUUCUCAAAACUUCGGAAGCGUCUCGUUCCAGGCCCACGGAGGAAAACAAAAAUGAAGGCCGCUUUCGUUCUUGCUCUCUGUGCCUCGCUGGCCAGCGCCUGGGUCGUCAUUACUCCCAUCACCAAGGAGAUGGUUGUCGACAGGUCACCAGACGACUGCUUCUUUGGUGUCGUCACACCGCAAGGUUGCGGUCCCCUGCGCGGCUCUUCCAAAUGAUCGUUGGGAGAUUCGACUAAAAACCCUGGACCCGAUUGAAAUUCAUCGACAGCGAUCUUGAGAACGUGGUAAUCGACUAUACAUGGAAGGGCGAGUGCAAAGGGGGGAACGCCUCACGAAUCGUCUGCAGAAAUCAAUCGGGCUAGGAUGAUAAAGCACGAUAUGAAAGGGAAAAGCAGAUGCGAAUCUACCCCCAUGACGGGACACGGGAGGGACCACUUGCUUGCUGGAUCAGUCUUUUACAACUUCUUUUCAAAUGCAUUUGAGAGCGAUUUUACUUUGGUAUACCAUUUUGGGCGGCUCCCCGUAGUCGGGGCGAUAGAAGACGAAGUUGGGGAUGUGGUUGGGAAUAUACAGCUUCUUAUUUUUUUUUUUUUUUUUUUUGCCCGAGUUCGAUUCUGUUUCACUCUUCUUAAAUA